CGUCAGCAAGGUAAACCGGCCGCGCGCGGUGGCUACUGCUCCGGCACGGACGCGCUCGAGAGUUUACUCUUCCGGAAUCUCGGCUGCAGGUCGACGUGUCCAGUCUGUGGUUUAGCUGUGUAAACAGUGACACUGUCGAGGGGAAAUCGAGCUGUCAUCCAGUGGAUCCACCCCAGGCAAAGGACAACAAGUAUCUACUGUAUGCACAAUGACUUCCAGAAGUAAAAGUGAAGCGUGCCGGAUCUGUGGAGGUGACCUGCAGGGCAACCAGCGGCGAUGGUUGUACACGGCUCAAACCCGGAAGGAGACACAACCUCAUACCCCGACAGAUUUUUCCAGCAAGGGAAGCUUGCCCAGAUCUGUGCAGAGCAGCCCAUGGGGCAGCACUUUAUCUCUCAGCUCCUCUCGGUCGCUCUCCAAGUCUCACUCCGCGCUCACCCCCACAAAAGGAAUAGACCUGCUCUGUGUCCUGACGCACAUAAUAGAGCAGCCUGUACCACGUAAGGACGGACGGGGGGAGUUUAUAUGUGGCAAGUGCGUGUCUGUUCUAGAGCAAGUUUUCAAGUUCGACAGUGUCAUCUCACGAGUCAAGGUUCUGUCGAGUGAGAGACUCCAGAAACUCACUCAGGAAAGGGACAAGAUCAGGCGAUGGGUCCGAAGCUUGUACUAUCAACACCACUCUCCUAAUUCCAGGGGAAAAGGGAGCUCCAGUGAGGAGGAAGGGGAACCGGGAAGACGACACAGAAAUGAUUCUGCGGGAGAAGGAUACAGAGAGAUGCUGCGGGAAAAUAUGUCUCUCGCCGAGUACGAGUGGUGGUCCGAGAAAGCGGAGUCAUGUCCACAUUACAGGAGAACAGGGAAACGGUGCCAUCAAGACAAAACGUGCGAAUGUUGCGACUCCCUGCGAGUGUCCGACUCAGAUUACGAGUCUGUUUGUGGCAUUCCCCGACACCUGCCCGAGCAAGCCUUUGCCUCAUUGGGCCUCUCUCGGGAUAAGUCUCGCAGCAUGCCUCUUCAUUGGUCUAAAGUGCCGUCUGUCAGCUCAAGCCCCGCCUCGUUGUCCGGAUCCUGUCACUCUUUACGAUCUCAAUCCCGCACCGCCUCCGUCCAGUCGCUGGACUCUUUGGAUGGCAACGAUCCAUUUGAUUGGCCGGAGGAGCAGGCGGUCAUCUUGGAUUCAAUUUUUAAAGAGUUGAAGGGAAUUGAGGGAAAGCCGGUCAGCUCGCCAGCUGGCAGUCGUAUUCCUGUGCUGGACAGAGGGGAGGUGCAUAAUGGGAAGGGCGAAGUGGGAGUGAAAGCGGGGUUAGUGAGAGAACUGAAUUUCGGAGAGCAGGAUAACGGGACGGAUGAUGAGCUUGAAGAGGAGAGUGAGGAUGUGCUGACCGAACUAAGAGAUGAGUUUCUGCCUUUGCAAAGAGAGGUGUCUACGGGUAGGGUUCACCUCGCUGUGAAGCAGUUGCGUGAGCAGCUGGUUCAAGCUCUGUCUCGCAUCAGAACUCUGGAGGCGCAGCUCAGGAACGCAGACAAACCAGUACCCAGUGCUCCUGUCGAUCAACCGAAGACUCCUCCAAAGGCCAGUCUAAAGAAUGACCUGAUAGACAAUCUCAGCCAAUCGCUGCACAGCAGAGAGAACGUAAUCCAGGAAUGUGUGACUUUGAUCCAGAGGCUGUGUGCUGAGCAGGGGGUGGAGUCAAAGGAGACAGACAGCCUUAUUAAAAAACUGACCAAUGCCGUGAAUGAUAAACGCAGCGAGCGUGAGUUUAUUCUGGAGGCUCAGCUGUCAGAUGCGAGGGAGAGGGAGAAAGUGCUGGAAAAACAACUGCAAGCUCUUAAAGACGCCGGCAGAGAGAGAGAGCGAGACCUGAUCACACUCAACACAGUGCUCCAGUGUAACCAGGAUAUUAUUCAUCACCUGCGUGUGGAGCUGGCCGAGCGAGAUCGAGCGCAGCAGGAAAUGAUGAAGGAGUGGGAGGUGUGGAAAGAGAGAGAUUCAGCGCUGACUGCACUGGUGAAAGAUAAUGAAGCAUUUAUUUCCCAACUCAAGGGGGCGCUAGAGAGUUCACGCAGGGAUGUGCAGGCGCUUUCUGACUCUCUGAUUGGCCGGGGAUUGGAAUGGGGCGGGGCUGAGGCUGGAUUAGUAAAUCGGCUGCGAGAAAAGGAAUCUCUGCUGGAAACCAGCUUCAGAGAUAGAGAAGAGCUUGGCGCCACCUUGAGGCAGGAGAUCUCAAGUCUCGCGAUAGCUUUAAAGGACUCUGAAGCGAUCAUAAAGGAACAGAGAGAAAGUCACAAACAAGCCAUGACUGAACUAUCAGAGAAACUCAAGGUGACACUCGAGGAACUGAGAGAGAAAACCAAAGAGAAUAAGGAGGCUGAACUAGGGCAGAAGAAGGAAAAUAAGGAGCGAGACUUUGAAGAGGGGAAACUAAUAGAGAAUCUUCAGAAGAGGGAUAAACUCAUUGAGCAAGUUCUCCUGGAGUUAGAGGAGCGUGACGGAGUGCUAACAGAGCUUCAACAAAACAUGUCAAGCAGGCUUCGACCCAAGACAGGACUCAAACAGACGUUGUGAGUGUGCUUGUGUCACUACAUAUGAGAGACACAGACGUGAUAAUGAUCCUGUGAAUACACUGAAUUUGUCGAUUGACUAUCGAUCGUUGAUUUGUGUCAUUUAUUGGUAUAGUACAUAUGUAAAUAAUUAGACUGUCUGUUCGCUGCAUUAAAAUUAAGGAACGAAACAUAUCAAUCUACAGCCCACGAUCCAUUUUUUGAGAAGAAAUAGUUGUGCUUGAUGCUGAUGUGAAGGAAAUUGAGACAGACCAACACUGCACUUCAGGAGGUUUUAUGUUGGUCUGUAUAUUGUAGUGGAUGUCAUUGCAAUAUUUUUUUCCAUAACAUUCCCUACUGCCUUAAAUGAAUUCAUAUCAAAUAUUUAAAUUCUGUUUAAAUGUUUUAUUGGUUAUGGUGGCUGAACAUAUUGAAUGCUGCUUUUCGCUUAUUGUUUGAUUUGUCUGUUGCAUUCUUUUCCAUGUUAUCUUUUUUGUCCUGUAUUUAUGAAUGAAUGAAUGAAUGAUGUCGAUUUUGUCCUGGAGACGCAGUCAUGGUCCCUGAUGUGCAGUUUUUUUUUUUCUCAUAAAAUAUGCCUUUACUGACUGUCUGUAGAUUUGUUAUAUUUGUGUUGUUUUAAUCUUGCUGUUAUUUUAUUUGGGUAUGCUGGAAUGUUUUCCCCACAACCUUCAGUGUACCUCAUUUCCAUUCAGGAAAUAUUUUGUUCAAAAAGAUGCCUCAAGUUUGUGCCGGUUGCGGUUCUCAAAGUUGUUUGAGGUUUUCUUUUAUUUGGAAAUAUUAAAAGGUUCUUUCUCGAGAACUCAAGGGUAUGAUUGACAAUAAAAACCUCCUAUUUAAA